GUGUUUGUUUUCAAGUAUAUCAAGCAAAGAUGGCGAACGAGCUGGACCGAGUGAGAAUCUCAGCUGCGGAACUCCGAGCUCAAACUUCGAAUUCAAUCAAUAUUUCUGACUGUCAGAAAGGCGAGAGGAAUCGAACUGGAUACAUGGAAGAAGAACAUGAGCAUCACGUACACAAGCAGCAAAGGAGGCGGGAAGGAAAGCGUCCGGAUCAGCAGCGCUUCCAGACGGUAGCUGGACAUGUACGCCGUCCCCAUGACAGUGAGGAAGGAGAAAGUGGUCAAGGUUAUCCCAUGGCCGCUGAUUCACAUAAGCAUGAUCAGCCAUCACAGAGUGAGACAAAGGGUGUCUCUGAAAAAGUUUUAGAGAGACAUGGGUGCACAGACGGUUGGACGAUUACCGACAAAAGGGACUUAGACGGGAUGAAAGGUGACUGCAGUAACACUCCGAACUGUAGAAAGAGCAGCCACUUACGUGCUAAAACGGAAGCAAGUCAAGCAAAAGGCUUUGUUGAAAAUGACAGAGAACACCAGGAACCGUCUGGAGCUGCUAAGCCGACAAGGAAAGCCCGCAAACCAGACAGAGAAUUUUAUCAACCUGGGAGCCGGAGGAACAUUCAGGGAAAGGACUGUGGAGUUGGAAGAGAGCAGGAUAAGCCUCCCCCUAAGAAGCAUGAACAGAAAACUGAAUCUGAAUCCCAGUUAAGUACAGGGGGAAAAGAGGGGAACAAAAAAGCAUAUACACAGAAGCAAGGUGGGAAAGAUAAAGAAGUAAAAGGUAUACAGGAAAAUUUAAAACUGUCUAAAUCUGGUGAGCCAGACAGAAAGCAACAAAGCCGCGAGGUGGAAAAUCCUCCAUUACUCUCUGAUGCUUCGGUGGAGAAAAUUACUUGCAAAGUAGAAAAGCUCAGUGUGAAAGAAAAGAGUAAAUUGGGAUGUGAAGGCCAAGAUGUUGAAGAGUUAAGUUGCAAGAGAGGGGAAACGACUGAAAGGAGAGGCCAAGGGGGAGGAACAAAAGAGGAGGAAGAAAAGGUACAGAAGAAGAGGGAAAAGGGAAAUCGCAGAAGAAGAGGUGGGGAGAAGGAAAAAGAGAGGAAUCCAGAUUCCAGAAGAGGAGGUGAUGAAGUCGGUGGUGGAGGAAAGAGUGACCGGGGGAAAGCUGAGAAGGGUAGAGAUAGGAGAGCUGCAGAAUCAGAUAGGGAUAACAAACCAGUUAAGACAGGAGAGACACACCAAAGCAAAGGAAGAGAGAAUCGUGCAGAAAGCAGAAAAGGUGACAACAAUAACAACCGGUCCAGAGAUACUGAGAAAGAUGCCAACACACAAAGAAAUGGAGAGAGGGCUAUUGAAAGAAGCGAUAGAAACAAAUACAAUGCAAACACCGGUGUCACAACACCGACCUCAAAACGCUAUUCCAAAUCAGAUAUUCGGCGCUCAAGGAAUCGGACUUACAGCAGUAGCUCAGCCAGCAGUGUGACCAGCCUGGAUGGUCCUGGACUAAGAAUGGAUAUGGAGAGUACCAAGUGGUCCCGCUUGGAGCCUAGGCACAAUAACAAAGGGGGGAUUGCUAAUAGUGGAGAAGGACGAAGGAGUCAUUUACAAAGCUGGACAACCAAUGGGGAAUCAUCAACAGAAUCACUGGAAGGGAGUGAGAUGAGUGACAUAGCAGAAGAUAGAGGUAGGAGAAGAAGAGGUGGGGAGGAAGAGCUCAGUACAGAGAGGCAGAGGGAAGAAAGGAACAGAUCAAAGGGAAACAAGGGUGGAGGUCGGGGAAUCCUAAAGGUUUCUCUAGAACAGUCAGGUAUCUUGUCACCUAGUGGGGUUGCACAAUAUCACAAGCAAGGCUUGGUUCCUCGUGGCAGAGGUGGAGGUAUUUUGGUGCUUCCCGCCCGUACAGAGAUCUCCAAUUCACCUGAGGUUGGGCAAAGGCUUCUUUUUGGUGGAAUUAGGGGAGGAGCAGCUUGCAGGAGUAGAGGGGGCAGAGGAGGAGGAAUGAGACGACUCUGGGAUCCAAAUAACCCAGACCAGAAACCUGCUCUUACCAGCACCCAAUCCUCACAGCAUUCAUCUCUCCAACAGCCUAUAUAUCUUCAGACGGGGACUGGGUAUGGACAACUUCACUUUCUGGACACAGAUGAUGAGAUAGCAGGCAGUCCUCCAGUCCCGCAGGGUGAGCACUUUCGAUCCAAGCAGGCUGCUGCCAUGGCCUACUACAAAUUCCAAAACUCUGACAACCCCUACAGUUACCCCAUGUCCACCAGCAACCCUCAUAAUCCUGGCACCACCACAAGCCAGCGCUAUCCAUAUCCCUAUCAUAUGGGGCCCUACCAAAUGGGUCCUCCUAAUGGAAUAUACCCCAGCCCUGGUGUGGGUCAGUUCUGUGGGAAUUACCGGGGAGCAGGUUAUUCCCAGCCAGGUGCAGGCGGUUUGACAUAUGAAGAGGUGGAGCAACAAGCUAGAGGGGAGCUGGGGAGGUUGCUGAGGGCUGCAGAUGCACAGGAGCUCCAGCUCAGUAACCUGCUGUCGAGGGAUAGAGUGAGUGCUGAUGGACUGGAUCGCAUGGCCCAGCUCAGAGCUGACCUUUUGGGGCUGUAUGAGCAGGUCAUCCUGACAGACAUCGAGUUCUCAGACUCUCAGAGCGCAGAUCAGGCUUUGUGGAAGAACGUCUUUUACCAGGUCAUUGAGCGCUUCCGGCAGUUACUCAAAGACCCCACCUACGACAACGCACCUCAUAUCAGAAACAUGCUGCUCACGCUACUUGACGAGGGAACAGUAUUCUUUGAUGCGCUGCUUCAGAAGCUGCAGGCAGUGUACCAGUUCAAGUUAGAGGAUUACAUGGAUGGCAUGGCUAUCAGGGCUCGGCCAUUACGAAAAACGGUAAAGUAUGCACUUAUCAGUGCUCAGCGCUGUAUGAUUUGUCAGGGAGAUAUAGCACGUUACCGGGAACAAGCCAGUGACUCGGCCAACUACGGCAAGGCUCGCAGCUGGUACCUGAAAGCCCAGCAGAUUGCCCCCAAAAAUGGACGACCAUAUAACCAGCUGGCCCUGCUGGCAGUCUAUACAAAGCGGAAGUUGGAUGCUGUGUAUUAUUACAUGCGCAGCUUGGCAGCUUCCAACCCCAUCCUGACUGCAAAGGAAAGCCUGAUGAGUCUGUUUGAGGAAGCCAAGCGUAAGACUCUGUUCUUGAAGGCAGAGCAGCUUGAGCGAAGGAGGAGACAGGAGCAUGAGGGAGGCUCCAGGGGUCCAGCAGUAAGAGGAAGAGGAAGAGGGGAAGAUGGAGCACGUGUGGAGAUUUGGAUUCGCCCCAGCGGACAAGCAGCAAACUCAUCCUCACAGAGAGGAGGCAGUGAAUCCAGCAGAGACUCUGAACAGGAUGGAGAGCUGGGCAGUCUCAGCGCUAGUGAUCUAAAUAAGAGGUUCAUCUUGAGUUUCCUGCAUGCACAUGGAAAGCUCUUCACUAAAGUGGGCAUGGAAUCCUUCCCAGGAGUGGCUAGCCGUGUGUUGCAGGAGUUCAGGACGCUGCUCCAGCAUGGCCCUUCCUUACUGGGCAGCACGCACUUGCUGCAGAUCAUUACCAUCGACAUGUUCACCAUUCACAAUGCUCACAACCGAGGUGAAGAAGGAGAAGUGCGGCACGUUUUACAAGAGCAAAGCACUGCCCUGGGUAUCGGCAUGUUUGCACUGCUGGUGCAGCGCUGCACAGAGCUGCUCAGGGACACUCCUGCAGAACCAGUCCCCGUGGCAGAUGGAGAGGAGAGGGGUAAAGGGGAGGAGCUGGAGGGUAUGGUGAGGGUCUCUGCCUUCCCACUGGACCUUAGAGAACUACUGCCAAGCAUCAAGGUCUGGUCUGACUGGAUGUUAGGUCAUCCCGAACUGUGGAACCCACCACCAUGCAAUAUAGAUUGCUGCCCUGAUGUCUGGCAGUGCCUUGCAGACCUGUGUAAUAUGCUGGCACGCGUGGACCAUGAGGAAGUGCCGCUGUACAAAGCUGACACUGAAGAAAGCGAGGGAGAUGAGGAGUUGACUGUGCUGCAGUUGAAGGAGGACAAGCUUCUUGCUGGCUUUGUACCACUGCUGGCUGCACCACAGGAGCCCUGUUACACAGACAGGCACACUGACAUGGCAAUAGCAGCAGAUUGUAAGAGAGUGACAGUGCUGAAGUACUUUCUGGAGGCUUUGUGUGGACAGGAAGAGCCUCUGUUGGCCUUCAAGGGAGGCAAAUACAUCUCUGUGGCAACUUCUCCUCCACCUAGCUGCUCAAUGGAUACAAGGAGCAGGCAGGAUUCUCUAACAGAGAAAGAGGCUGAUGAUGUCAUAGUCGAGGCAGAGUCCUCUCUCUCCGCAUCAGAAGAGGAGGAGGAUCCCGAGGAGGCGGGAGAGAGUGAGAAUGACAUCAGACAGCUGAAGGCGCGCCGCCACGCCCUCACCAACAAACUGGCACAGCAGCAAAAGCGAAGGGAUAAAAUACAGGCGGUGCUGCAGACAGGUGGGCAGUUGGAGCUGGAAGUGAGGCCUCUCUUUUUGGUUCCAGAUACCAAUGGAUUCAUUGAUCACUUGGGAGGGCUGAAGAAACUCCUUCAGUGUGGGACAUACAUAAUAGUUGUGCCACUCAUCGUGAUUACAGAGUUAGACGGCUUGGCUAAAGGCCAGGACAACUUUGGUGGCGGAGUGGGGUCAGGAGGGCGCGGCACCGGCAGUCGUGGCAACUAUAAUGUUACUGCGGCCCAUGUGCGGGCCGUGCAGGAGAAGGCCCGGUUGGCAGUGGCUUUCCUAGAAAAAGGAUUCGAAGCCAGGGAACCGUACCUCAGAGCACUGACAAGCAGAGGAAAUCAGCUAGAGUCUAUUGCCUUCCGCAGUGAAGACACCUCUGGACAGCAGGGUAACAAUGAUGAUGUGAUUCUGUCCUGCUGUCUCCACUACUGCAAAGACAAGGCAAAAGAUUUCAUGCCCGAUCAGAGAAAUGGGACAGUGAAGCUCCAGAGGGAGGUGGUACUCCUUACAGAUGACCGUAACCUGCGCGUCAAAGCUUUGACCCGCAACGUCCCAGUCCGAGACAUCCCUUCUUUCCUCAGCUGGGCCAAAGUGGGCUGAACCAGACUAAGCUGGAAUCAAAGGAACCCAACUGCUGAAGCCUGCUUGCCACUCAGCCAGGAGAGGAGACACACUUAAGCAGAGGAAGAAGAGGAGGAGAAAACAGGGGCGAGGAAAUGAUUAAGAAAGCAAAGCACCACUUCAUAUGAAUUACAAGCAAAUGUAGUGAGAGCAGGGUGGUUUCAGUGAGCUUUUUCCCCCUUGUGAUGGGGUGUGUGUGUGUGUGUGUGUGUGUGUGUGUGUGGGUGUUAAGAUCAGCGAGCUUCCCCAGAAAGAGACAGGGAGACAUGAAAAGUCUCAGGAAGGCUGGACUGGAAGGGAGUAAGGAGGUACAAAUGGAGCAAUUUGAUUUGUAAGUUGUCUGGUCCAGCCUUGAGCCUCUGCGCCUAGUCAGUGAGUGUGUACUCUGCAAGCAGUAUUCAAAUAUGGAGCUAAUUGUAGAAUGAGGCAGAGCGAGGGAGAGUGUUUAUGGUCAUUUAAUUGAUUAAAGACAGCAGUAAUGAAGGCCAUAACUGGCACUUCCACACUGCUCUGAGGGCCCAGUCAUAUAGACUGCUUUGGCCUCUGCAGUAAAGCAGAAAGAAAGGUAGGUGGAGAGAGGCACAGCUGGAGGGUCAUUGUGACUACAUUAAAAAGUGGCUAAUUAUAGUAAGGGUUAAUUAAGACCCCUCAUCCAACCUCAGUACCUCCAAGGAAUCGCGGAAGUGAUCGAUGCCUGUUUGGUAACUUGGGUUGUUCUUCCAGCUUGAUGCUGAGAUUAAGUUUUGUUAUUGAAGGAAAAUGUCGUCAACAACAACAACAACAUUGGUUUAUUAUUUAUUUUCCUAGUUUUAACGCAACUUUUUGAGCUCAUACCAGUAAAAAGUUUCCUUUCCUUACAGAACAUUUCUCCAUUUUGUAGACUGAUCACUCUUAAAGUUUUCCCCAAAACAGUGUGAACAAUAAUCUUUUGAAUCCAUUAUUUAUCAGAUCUGGUGGCAAAUGUAUUUGUGAAUUACUAAUUUCUGUUCAUGAGAAGCAUAAAAAAAUCUGAGAUUUAUUAUAUUAAGACUACUUAAUUGGUUUGUGGUGAUGGAUUUCACCUCCAGAAAUUGAUGUUGAAUUUUAUGGGAUUUUGAUUGAAAUUCUACCAAUCUGUCACUUAAAAAAUGAAACUAAAAUUUGCAAACACACUUACACCCAGGUCUGCUUCAGACAACCACAAUGUUAGGAUAUGGUUUUUUCCUUAACAGUGACUUUGCAUAUACCUUGUUAUUGAGUACCUUUGCUGACUAUUUCAUUUUAUUUUCUAUUCACACUCAUAUCAGUCUUUUUGUGCUUUUCAGUUAAUACCACCACAGCAGUUUACACUUUCAUAAAAUGUUUGUUUGAAAUAUUUAAUAUCUGUUUUCCUCUUCAGUGUGACUUUGUCUAUUUUUUUCAAGGUCGCAUAUCCCCUUUUUUUUAAUUGAAAAAAUAUACAUGAAGUAUAACAAUUACAUAAAUGAAAAUAUAGCCUAUAAAAUUUCCAUUGAAUUUGAGCUUUUGACUGUCAACAUUUAACAAAAAGGUGGUAUUUGUGUUUUUGUUGCUCUACGUUGCUUUUGGAGACUAUGUUUCUGUGUGUGUUUCAGCCAGUAGCUGGAUGCUCAAAAUAGAUGUAAUGUAUACCUAUGUCCUCUGUUAUGUUACAUGAUACAUAAUUAAUUCACUCAUCACAGUUUGGGUAUAUGGAUUUAAAGUAAUAUGGUGUGUAGAUGUGGCUUACUUCCUAUUUGUCUUGUACUUUUUCAGCUAGGCUCGUACAACGUCCACCAGUAGUUGAUAUUUCUGUAUUUGUGUGAAACGUCUGACAGGUUUAUGCAUUUUUUCCAGCCCCUCUGUUCUGGUGCUACUGUAGUGUUCAGUGCAGUCUACUGUGUUAAGUGUUUCAAUUUCGGCGCAAAUGUUGUAAAUACAUAAUCACUUUAACUCAAAUUCCCAUUUCAUCUUCCAUCAUUAAAAUGUUUUGAAGGCA